UGCUCUACCCACUUAGCUGCUGUGCAGAUAUGUUGUCAGUCUCUCAGUUCAAUAAUUUUGUUCAAGGGCGCUAGUCAGAAGCCACAAACUCAUUUAUGCCAUGUUGCCAGAGAUCACACAAAGUCAGAAUGCAAACCACAUUAACGACAUUGAAAACCUGUAAAAUGGUUGUUGGAUAUUUAAUUGAUGGGACUAUGGUUCUUAUUAAUUGUAUAUGACAUAUUUUCACUCUCUGACAUGGUAAUUUCACAGGCCAUAUUUCAGCCUUGUUAGUCCAAGACCUGCAUCCUUUGUAAGCAAGCAGCGCCAACAUGGAUACAACUGAAGCAUCACCGUUUGACUGGUACUGCGGUGCCAAUGCCACAGAGAAUCUUGCCAGUUUCACCUUUGACCUGAACCACACCCUGUACAAUGCUUGCUUUGUGGACCUCGUCUACACCUUACCACACCUCAUCUUCAUCUUGCUGGGCAUCCUGGUGCUCUUUGUUCUAAGAUGCUGCACCAGCAUCCGCAAGGAGCAACACCCUUACCUCGUCCAGUUCCCUGGCCACAACAUCCGCUGGGUUCUCAACUUCGUCCUCCUCUCUCUAACUGUAUGCGAGCUUGGAGAGGGCAUCCUAACGGACAUUGACGUCUACCUAGACACGCCCACCAUCCCCCGCCUCUAUGUCCCCGCCCUCCUCUCCCUAACUGCAGCCCUCUUGACAAUGAUCUACUACAACCAGAUGGAGUUGUGGAGCAGACCGCACAUGUCUUGGGUGCUGCUUGCCUACUGGUUAACAGCGCUCGGAGUGGAGAUCAUCCGGUUCCUCAAUCUAAACCACGACGAAGAUGUUAACUAUUUAAUCCUCCGAUAUGAUCUUACUAUUGCUGCCAUCGUCAUGUACUUCCUCUAUCUGAUGCUGGAAGUUUGGGUUAUCAUAUCAAAGAUCUGCAAGUGUUGCUGUGAGGAGGAGGAGUUUCCUGAAGACCUGAAGAAGGAGGACAUGUACUAUCUACAAGGCUACACCAGCCUGCUGUCCUCGGCGUUCUACUGGUGGCUCAACUGGAUCUUCAAGAAAGGUUUCAAGCAAGCCUUGGAGCUAACUGACCUGGGCAGUCUGUCUGAGGUCCACACCACGCAGUAUCAGAGGGAUGCCUUCACUAGGGCACUCAAGAAAGAACAGGUGCGAGCUAAAGCCCACAGGAAGCCACUCAGCCUGUUCCGUGUCUACGUCCGAGCGUUUGGCUUCCGUAUGAUGAUUGGUGGAUUUGUCAAGAUAUGCGGCGAUAUCUCGACAUUCAUCCCUCCACUGGCAUUGGCCAGUGCAAUCAACUACGUCACAGAUGUCUACUAUGGAAGGGAACUGCAGGACUAUGGCGAUACCAAGUACAUUUCUGCCGGUGAUUUCCUGCGUAAUGGUUUUAUUCUUGUUGUCGUCAUGUUCUGGGCAACUAUCAUCAAGGUGAUAUGUCAACAGGGCCAUUACCAUGUCGUCAUCACAGAGUCUGGCCACAUCAAGGCAGCACUCCAGGCAGCGAUAUACGACAAGUCGCUGCGUCUCUCCAGCUAUACGAUGAGUGGGGGGUAUAUGACCAUGGGCCAGAUCACCAAUCACAUGUCAGUCGACACCACUAAUAUCCUCAACUCAGCGCAGUGGUUUCAUUACAUCUGGUCCAUUCCUUUUGUGAUUGCUGGUUACAUGGUGAUUCUGUACUCUCAGUUAGGAUCGGCUGCCCUGAUUGGAUGUCUAGUGUUCUUCGUUACCAUACCGAUCCAGGUCUUCAUAGCGAGGCAGACGGCCAAGUACCAGAAAACUACAAUGUUGAAAUCUGACGAGCGUCUGAAGCGAACCAAUGAAAUGCUGCAAGGAAUUAAGCUGAUCAAGCUGUAUGGGUGGGAAGACAUGUUCUAUACCUCCAUCAGCAAAGUACGAGCCUUGGAGAUCUUGGCCAUGGUCAAACAAAUGGUGUUCAAGGUUGUCCUCAUGACCAUAUCAAAUGCAUGUCCUAUACUGGUGACGAUUGUGUCGUACAGUCUGUACACCAAGUUGACGGGCGAGCCACUCACCCCCGACAUCGCGUUUGCCGCCCUCUCCGUCUUCAACCAGAUGCUCACGCCCCUCUUCAUUAUGCCCAACGUCUUUGUCUACCACAUCAAUGCUAUCAUCAGCACCGGGCGUCUCAGGAUGUUCUUUGAGGCACCGGAGAUUGAGAGACAGGAGGGGGAGGAGUUUUGGGCUGGCGGGAGGGAUAAGAAUGGAGCCCUCCAAUCAGGAAGAAGAAGCAGCAAACCAGAAGAUAAGCAGCGUCUGUUAUCCAAUGACAACCAAGCUGACCAUGACAAUGAGUACGGUACAUUUGAUGCCAAAACAACCUCCUUCAUUGUACCAAGUGUACCAGACGACAUUGCAGUCAGGGUUAAGGGAAGUUUCACAUGGGACUCAUCAGCCAAGUCACCCACACUUGAAAAUAUUAGCUUGGACAUCCCUACAGGCAAGUUGACUAUGGUAGUGGGUCAGGUAGGAUCAGGCAAGUCUUCCUUACUGUCUGCUAUCCUGGGAGAGAUGACCACAGUCUCAGGAAGAGUCCAAUGGAACAGGAAGUACAACUCUGUUUCUUACGGAGCUCAAAAGGCGUGGCUGCUGAAUGCAUCUCUCAAGGAAAACAUUCUCUUUGGCAACAAAUUUGAUCAUGAAAGAUACAGAAAGGUGAUCACUGCCUGCUCCCUGCAGCCAGACAUCGACAUCCUGCCGGCCGGAGAUCAAACAGAGAUUGGUGAGAAGGGAAUCAAUCUGAGCGGCGGUCAGAAACAACGAGUCAGCGUAGCCAGGGCCAUGUACAGCCGCAACGACGUAGUAGUUCUGGAUGAUCCCCUCUCUGCCCUGGAUACCCAUGUUGGCGGUCAUCUCUUCAAGAAAGGCAUUGAAGGGUUUUUGAUGAAAAAGAGCAAACGUACCGUCAUCUUGGUCACUCAUCAGAUACAGUAUGCAGACAAAGCUGACAAGAUUGUCUACAUGAAAGAUGGACACAUCCUCCAUCAGGGAACCGUGGAAGACAUACAGGAAGAGAAUAGGGAACUGGUCGCCAGCUGGCGGGCUACCAUGAAGAUGCUGGCUGAGUCCGAGUCUGAACUGUCUGGUUCUGAGACCGGGGUCGACGUCACGGAGGAGCGUGCCAAACUUGUACGACAGGUCUCCAAACAACUGCAAGAGGCAAAACGGAUGGAGGAAGAAGUCCAAGCCUCAACCUCCGGUCGCCUGGUGCAAAAAGAAGAGAGAGCGGAAGGGUCCGUGUCGUGGCGAGUCUAUCUCUCCUAUGUCCAGGCUCUUGGCUACUGGGUCUUCGGUCUCAUCCUGCUCCUGUCUGUGCUUCAAAGCGGUCUCAGCAUCGGGACCAACUUCUGGCUGUCGGAGUGGUCUGAGGCAGGGGCUAACAUGACCAAUGCAACAGAGUCUGAGCUGCUAGAUUCCCUGACCUACUACCUGGGUGGCUAUGCCGGCCUGUCUGUCAGCAGCAUCGUAGCUGGUGCAGGAGCUACAGCCAUGCUGUACAUAGGAUCUCUCUACGCAGCUAGAAUGCUACACAAUGGCAUGCUCAGGACCGUCAUGCAUGCCCCCCUCAGGUUUUUUGAUGUCACUCCCAUUGGACGAAUUCUCAACCGCUUUUCCUCUGACGCAAACGUCAUUGAUCAGAAACUGGGUGUGACUCUGUCGUCUUUACUACGCAAUGGUCUGAGCUGUGUGUCGGCCGUGUUAGUCAACAUCAUCGUGGUCUGGUUCUUUGCCAUCGCCUUGAUCCCAAUCAUCAUCCUGUAUCUUCUCAUGAUGAAGGUUUUCAUAAGGACCUCAAGGGAGUUGCAGCGUCUUGACAGCAUCAAUAAGUCUCCAGUCUAUGCACACUUCUCUGAAUCUCUGGGAGGAUUGUCAACCAUCAGAGCCUACAGACAACAGCAUCGCUUUCAAGAUUUGAUUAUCAAGAAGAUUGAGUGCAGUAACAUCACCUUCCUGUACCUGAAUACAAGUAACAGGUGGCUAGGAAGCAAACUGGAUCUGAUUGGAGCCCUUAUUGUCCUGAUUGCUGGCCUGACUACCAUGAUCACUGCCUUGACCACUCAUACCCUCACCCCAAGCCUAGUUGGUCUGGCCAUCACCUACGCCCUUAAUAUAUCAACUCAGUUGAACUGGGUGAUCCGCAUGUCAGCUGACAUGGAGAUGCAGAUGAACGCCAUGGAGAGGGUGGAGUACUACAAGUCUAUUGAAAUGGAAGAAUAUAGAGGAACCCAGAGCCCUGGCCCCGAUUGGCCAGAUAGAGGUGACAUCGUCUAUGACAACAUCUCUGCCCGAUAUGCCACGCAUCUUGAUCCUGUCUUGUACAAUGUCUCAAUCCAUUUCAAAGCUGGUGAAAAGAUCGGAAUUUGCGGUCGGACUGGAAGUGGCAAAUCUUCCCUUACGCUGACUCUCUUCAGAAUCAUCCAGACCUUUACAGGAAGUAUUACGAUAGACGGGGUGAAUAUUGCCCACCUGCCAUUGGUUGAAGUCAGACGUCGUCUGGCCAUCAUUCCACAAGACCCUGUACUCUUCACUGGAACUAUCAGAUUUAACCUUGACGCACAGAACGCACAUGAUGACAAUGCAUUAUGGGAAGCCUUGGAGACGGCGCAGCUGAAAGACGUGGUGUCCGAGCUGGACCUUGGACUUGAUGCCAUGGUAACGGAGGGAGGUGAGAAUUUCAGCGUGGGUCAGAGGCAGCUGUUUUGCUUGGCUCGUGCCUUCUUGAGGAAGACUCGCAUCCUGGUCAUGGAUGAGGCAACCGCCUCCAUCGACUUGGAAACGGAUGCCAUUUUGCAGGAAGUGGUGGCAACUGCCUUCAGAGACCGCACAGUCAUCACAAUAGCGCAUCGUGUGCAAACCAUCCUGGACUCGGACCACAUCUUGGUUCUAAAUGAGGGCAGAAUUGCAGAAUAUGACACGCCAGAGAACCUACUAGCCUGGGAAGAUAGUAUCUUUGCUUCGUUAGUCAGGGCUGGAAGUUAAGAAGGUCCUAAAGAAGUCGUAUUCCUGAACGAUUCAGGGCACCGUAACAAUGUCCGUGGCCAAACAACACCGGCGUUAAAGAGGUUAAACUGGGGACUUGAAAACUAUAUUACUUUUUUGUAAAAGAUUCAGAACAAAUCCCCACCACAUGUGAUGCACAGGAUUCUAGUUCCAGGCAUCUCAUUAAUAUCUGUGAUAAGAUGUGAGCAAGUAUAUCUCCAAAAGACCAGCUGUAUUGGGUAUUGGUUGCAUAAGAGCUUCUGGAAAUCUUCACACAGUCAAGUUAUCAGCCAUGUUUACGGACUGACAACUUUGCUGUGAGAAGAUAUCUUAGGGGGGGGGGGGGAGGGAGGGUGCUUGGAAUCCUGCCAUUAUUUCCUGAUACAAGGGAUCUACUGUGGAGAUUAACCUUUCCUUGACUUAUUUUGAAUAUUAAAUGAGAUGAGACGACCCCUAAAAUCUGCAAUCAGAGCCAAUUCUGAAAAGAAUUCACAAGUCGUCACAACCAGUUUCUGAAAAUAGAAAAACUGUUUUUAUUGUUCCAACUUCAAAAAUGAAAGUCCUUUUUCUAAAUCUCAGCUGCAUGUUUUUAAGGAAUACCCCAACUCUGGUAUAUAAUACUGUUCAUCUGUUUCAUGUUGUAUUUCCUUGUAUUAUUAUGUUUCACUCUUCUUAACGUAGAAACUCUUAAUGCUUGCUGUAAAUACACAAGGUUUUAAGUAAGUUUUUAAUUGUGUUAUGUUGUUUGUCUUUUCAGUCAACACAUUAGUCACUGUACGGCCCCAAACUGCCCAAGCAAACAUUGAUUCAUCAGUGAAUAAAUACAAUGUAGUACAAUGUAUACAAUGUAGUACAGUUAUGGGUUAUAUGGGAACUGAAUGGGUUUUUUUUGGUGAUAAGUUAUUUUGUCUUGCCUUCUCCACUUUUUGCAUUAUAACAAAGUUUUCUGAGCGUUGACCCUUUUUCCAUCUUGUCGAAAAAAAAAAAUAUUUAUCAAUUUGAAAUAAAAUAAUGACAUUUAAAUAUCUGAAAUAUAGAAUGCACUAUGAAUCGUCAACCAGUGUACUAGUCUUACCAGUUUUAUGCCUUUGACACUGCAGACAAAAUUUAUUUUUAAUCUUCCAGUCUCAAAUUACUUUAAAUAUGAUUGAUCAUAAUGACUUUUUGAAACUAUGUUUCACAUUUAUAAAAGACAAAGAAGCAUUAGAACUUGAAGUUCCUUAUAAUAUAAAUCACAAUUUGACAGAAGUGAAUUUAUUAUACCAAAAACAAUCAACAAUUGCGAUUAGUAUUUCCAGGCCUAUGUUUGAAUAAUGAAGCUAAUGAUUUAUCUUUGAAAUAAAAACUAGUUUAACUUUUA